ACUUCUAUCAUCCAAACAAUACACAUUCAUCUCCAUUCUCAAACACCUUUCCUUUCUUUCUAUUUCCAUAAAAAAUACUUAGACUAGAAACAAAACAAGAAAGAAACAUUGGAAAAUCUAACAAAAAUGGCAUCAAUUAGUAAUACUAAUUGGGUAAUUAAACCCCAAAUUACCUCUAAAUCAAAGCUCCAUUUGGGUUCUAAUUCUACCCUUAAUUGGCCUAAAAAAACUACCCAUUCUAUUAACUCUGUUCUUCAAUUACCUUUACUUGAUUCUCCUAAAAAAUCAAAUAUCCAACCCAAAUCCCCACCUCCUAAAAAUUUCCCUACAAAUCCUUCUACUCUAAAUCCCCUAAAAAAAUCAUCAAAUCCUCUACCUCAUCAAUGGAACCCAAUUCAAAAAGCUGCUUCAAUUGCUUUAGACAUGGUGGAAAAUGCCAUAAAUUCCUUUGAAAACCAACACCCACUUCCAAAAACUUCCGACCCGCGGGUCCAAAUAUCCGGUAAUUUCGCCCCAGUACCUGAACAACCCGUUAAAAAGAACCUUCCCGUUAUCGGGUCUAUCCCAGAAUGUAUCCGCGGAGUCUACGUUAGAAACGGAGCUAACCCGCUUUACGAACCUGUAGCCGGUCAUCAUUUCUUUGACGGUGACGGAAUGAUUCACGCCGUUCAGUUUAACUCCGAUGGGUCUGUGAAUUACUCUUGCCGGUUCACUGAAACCCACCGGUUUAAACAAGAGCGGGAUUUGGGUCGACCCAUUUUCCCUAAAGCAAUCGGUGAAUUACAUGGGCAUUCGGGUAUUGCCCGUCUUCUUUUGUUCUACUCCCGUGCUCUGUUCGGUCUUCUAGAUCAAAACAAUGGUAUAGGAGUAGCAAACGCUGGAGUAGUUUAUUUCAAUAACAGAUUAUUAGCUAUGUCGGAAGAUGAUUUACCUUAUCAAAUUCGAAUUACUCCUUCUGGUGAUCUGAAAACUGUUGGUAGAUAUGGAUUUAAUGGCGAAUUGAAAUCAACAAUGAUUGCGCAUCCGAAAAUCGAUCCGGUUAGUCAUGAAAUGUUCGCUUUAAGCUACGAUGUUGUUAAGAAACCCUAUUUGAAAUACUUUUAUUUCAACGAAAAUGGUACGAAAUCUGCUGAUGUUGAAAUUGAUCUUAAAUCACCAACUAUGAUGCAUGAUUUCGCAAUUUCGGAGAAUUUCGUUAUAAUUCCUGAUUCACAAGUUGUGUUUAAGCUUCAAGAAAUGAUCCAUGGCGGUUCCCCUGUUGUUUUCGAUAAAGAGAAGGUUUCUCGAUUCGGAAUUCUCCCUAAAUAUUCAAAAUCGUCCGAUGAAAUUCAAUGGAUUGAUGUUCCAGAUUGUUUUUGCUUUCAUUUAUGGAAUGCUUGGGAAGACUCCGACUCUGAUGAGAUCGUCGUAAUCGGAUCUUGUAUGACUCCGGCCGACUCCAUUUUCAACGAAUGUGACGAGAAUCUCUCCAGUGUGUUGUCCGAAAUCCGAUUAAACCGUAAAACCGGAGUUUCAACCCGGAGAGAAAUCCUUCCGAAUUCGGAGAAAAUGAAUUUAGAAGCAGGAAUGGUGAAUAAGAACAAACUUGGAAGAAAAACACAAUUUGCUUAUCUCGCCAUUGCCGAACCAUGGCCGAAGGUUUCUGGAUUCGCUAAAGUAGAUUUAAUCAAUGGAGAAGCUAAGAAAUUCUUGUAUGGAGAACAUAAAUAUGGCGGAGAACCAUUAUUUCUCCCUAAAAAUGGCGAAACAGAAGAUGAUGGUUACAUACUUGCAUUUGUUCAUGAUGAGAAAAACGAAGAAUCAGAGCUUCAAAUAGUCAACGCCAUGGAUUUAGAAUUGGUGGCGACUGUUAAGCUUCCGUCCAGAGUUCCUUACGGUUUUCAUGGCACUUUUGUUAGCGCCGAAGAUUUACAGAAACAAGCGUAGCAAAAUUGUGACGGUUUGAUGAUACUUCCUACGCUAAUAUGUCACAAUUAAGUGCCAUAAUUUCAUAAUGGAGGUAUUACUUAAUUAUUUUUAAGUAAUCUACCAGAGGGAUAUUUGCAGAUAUGUCCCCGGAGAUUUCUUAUUUUAAGGACAAAUUAGAAUUUAUUUUAUUUUAUUUUAUUUUUAAUUUUUGUAAAAAAAGAAUAUACACAGGGAAAAGUUUUGAGGAACCAGUUUGUAGCUUUUUGGACAUAUAAAAUGAAGCUCAGCUGGUUUCUGUUGAUUCUUUCAUUCCUGUGCAUCAACUAUAAUUUUAUAUAAUAUAUAUUGUCUUGUGCAUUAAUUACGAGUACGACUAU